AUGGAGAUGGCCAUUUACCCGAACAUGAUCUUCUCGCCCUACGGCGAAUAUUGGAGGCAAAUGCGCAAGAUUUGCGUCACAGAGCUCCUGAGCGCACCCCGCGUCCGGUCUUUUAAAUCCAUUAGAGAAGAGGAGGCGCGUGGUUUGGUUGAUAACAUGCGGUCAUUGUCCUGUUCGCCAUUCAAUCUAAGCGAGAAAAUCUUCGCUUUCUCGAAUAGCAUAAUUUCCAAGGCGGCUGUCGGCAGAAGGUGCAAGCAACAAGAGGCAUUCAUCGCGUUGCUUAAAGAGUCGGUCGCGUUGACCGGUGGCUUUGGCGUGGCUGAGAUUUUUCCGUCGCUCAAAAUUCUAACCCGCCUGAGCAGGAUGAAAUCGAAACUAGAUAUGUUGGUGGGGAAGAUGGACAAGAUCUUCGAUAGCAUCAUCGAAGAACAUAAGAUGGAAAUAGAUCGAUCCUCGAGAAUUAACGAGGAUGAUGCGUUGGGUGGAGGAGAAGAUAUUCUUGAUGUGCUCUUGAGACUUGAGCAGUCCAAGGAGGUCGGGUUUCAUCCGACUGUCGAUGAUAUUAAAGGUCUCAUUCUGAUUACAUAUGGCAGUUGA